AGCUACUCUAACUCGAUGGAAUCAGCUGGCUUUUGACAAUGUCCGAAACAUCUCUGCCAAGAUCGCAAUUUGAACUGAUCUACCCAACGGCAGGGGCUAAGGUCUUGUCAGAAAAGGAACCGACCGGCAGAAGUGGGCAUUCGAUGGUUGCAAAUGAUGGCAACUUAUUUGUGUUAGGUGGAUACAAUCCAUUGGGACGAACACUAAGUAAUGGCCGACCAACUGUUUUGGAGGAGUUAUGGAAAUUCAAUUUUGCUUCUCGCAAAUGGACUAAAAUUGAAGCAGAUGGCUGCCCCAAUACAUGUGCAUCGUCGUGCAUGUUUUUGCGCGGUAACAGUUUGUAUGUCUUCGGCGGGACGUCUUAUCCGUUUGGUCAGGUCAUCAGUAACACCUUUAAAGUUUGUGACAUCGGAAAUUUAGAUUUUGACGGACAGGGUGCCUUUUGGUAUGUGAUGGAAACUAACCCGAACGUUUUCAACAAUCAAGACACAGGAGAUAAUCUUCCACCACGAGCAUACGGACAAAGUGUUAUAUUCCAUGAGGACUGCGUCUACACAUUCGGUGGUGCCGUUGGUUUCUACAGUGAAGCAGUAGCUGAUAUGCAUCGUCUAAAUCUCAGAACAUUAAUUUGGGAGCAGCUAAGUCCUGCAGGCGAGGUACCCGAAGGUCGAUACAAACAGGAGAUCGUGACGGACAGAGAGUGCUUCUACAUUUUUGGUGGUGGUCGACUGCGACAAGCUGAGCCAGUGCAUACAGUUUACUCCUAUAGCUAUGAGGAGAACCUGUGGAGACGACACACCACCUACCCUGAUCCUCAAUAUGGAGUUCCAGCACCCAGAUGUAGCUUUGGGCUUGCUCAGGUUAACCGCGAUGUGUACAUUUGUGGUGGACAGCAUUAUGGCCCAGGUGUCUCAACCACCAUCAUUCUUGAUGAUAUUUGGCAUUUUUCUCUGGACACUUUCAGGUGGCGUAAAUUAUCCACAUGCAUGCCUGAGCCACUGUAUUUCCAUAGAGUAGCCAUUUCACCCUCACAACACUUGUACCUUUACGGUGGAGUACAGGUUAAUGGCAGACGUACAAAUCGAAUCUAUCGGUUCCGCCUUCCUUUCUGUAUUCCUAGAUUAACUGAAUUGUGCUGGGAUGAGGUGUCUCAGUCAUGGCAUCAGCUUAGCAAUGAGGAUCCAAAGUGUCUGCAACAUGUGUAUGGGAUUCCUCAAGGCUUUUGUGAAAGAGUCAAGUAAAAAGCUCACAGUCUGAAGAAUAUUUAUCUGCAUGUUUAGGAACACAGAAGAAUUUUUUUGCAGUUGUGUGUGUAUGUGUGUGCAUGGGUGUAUGUGUGCAUGCAGAUGUAUGGAGGCCGAAAUAUAUAUGCUUAUAUUCACGGAUUUGUCUGUGAGCUUGUGAUUUCCUGACAAAGUCUGUUUAUUGGUAACAUAUUAUAAAUUCAUAAAAGUG